AUGCGCUCAGCACCAAAUAUCAUUAUUACCGGUACACCCGGGGUGGGCAAGACCACGCACAGCGAGAUCCUUGCCGAGAGGACGGGUCUGCGACACGUUUCUGUAAAUCAAAUUGUCAAAGAUAAAGAAUGCCAUGAAGGCUGGGACGACGAGUAUCAAAGCUGGAUUGUCGACGAAGACAAGCUGCUAGAUGUCAUUGAGGAUGACGUGAAGGAAGGGGGCUGUAUUAUUGACUGGCACGCCUGUGAUCUGUUUCCUCGUAGCUGGGUUGAUCUUGUGGUGGUGCUGCGAGUUGAUUCCACGACAUUAUAUGAUCGUCUUGAGGCCAGAAACUACCCAGAGGUCAAGCUUCAAGAAAACCUAGAUUCCGAGAUUAUGGAGGUGCUACUACAAGAAGCGCGUGAGGCCUUUGACGAGGAAAUCGUUGUUGAGCUUACCAGCAACAGUUCCGAAGAAAUGGAGUCCAACAUAGACCGCAUUGAAGCUUGGAUUAAGCAGUGGAAGGCAGACCACGCUGAUUGA